GGGGUGUUUGCAGGACACCAUUACUAAUGAACAGAGAGGGGUGACCGAAUCUGACAGCUGCAGUUACCCAGAAUCCCUCGCAACACCACCUUCUUCGCCUCUGCUCCACUCCAGAGACCCGCACCCCUCCCGCUCGGAUGCAACCCUGCCCUAAGGAUCAGCAUAUGCAAACAUCUCCCAAGGAUGCCAUAAACCCACACAUUUCCCCUCUCCACCUCCCCUCCGCCCAGAAGAAAACAAUGUUUCCAGAAGAAGGAGGGGGGAAAGCCGCCCAAAUCCAAAGUGACACUUUUCUACUCAAGUUAAUAAUACAGCCUAUUAUAUGUUCUCUUACCAUGAACCCUGCCUUUAUUAUAUGUCCUCUUAUUAUGAAAUCCUUAUGCGUAUCCCUUAAUGUACCCUCUAUACGUUUCCCUCAUUAUGUGCCUUUUAACGUUUCUAGGAAAUCUAUCCGCUGCCUCUGUAUUAGAAUUGCUGUCUUAUUCAUGACGUAUGCUAGGAUCUCUCUGUAUUAGAAUUGCUGUUUUAUGUCUCAGAACCUUUAUAUAUCAGGACUACUGCCUUUUGCAUAGAAUUCCCUGUAUUAUAUAUGUCUCCUGUAAAAAGAAAUGCUGCAUAACCUGUGCAUGACCCCAGCCCACCUGAACCUUGCCCCAUCGCCAUCCUGAUUCAAAAGACACACAUGGACAAAGAUGGAUUAACUGGCACAGUUUAUUCAAACCUCCAGAAGUGUCACCUUUUACAUAAUCCCAGGGAUCAUCCUUGCAUGACCUGGGGGAAAACACCUGCCGGAUGGACCCCAACCCCUCAGCAAUCGCCAGGAACGCCCGACCUCAACUCCCAUCUAGACUGAUCAAACAAAGGGAAACCCAUCAACAACGGGAGGAGAGCGAUUGACAUCUCACCAUAUGAAGAAAUAGUCGUCUCUACACCCAGUUAAUCCCAUCACCACCCAUCCUCCUUGUCCUUCCCCUCCCUCCCAGUAAAGGGAUUUUCACGUGGGGACAGGAGGGUAUAAGAGGGAGGUUCACCAUUUCCCGGGGUUCCUUCCUACAUUCUUUGAGGCAGGGACCCUACAGCUGUAGUUCUUUCUUUCUGUAAUAAAAGGAUCAGUUUGUUUUUCCUGACAGCAUCGUGUGGUCUCUGUCAUUUCCCGGCGGAGCUGAACUUAGUGCAAAUUUUGGAGCUUCCGACCCGCGUCUGUCCUUCUUAAAAGGCAACGCAUUUUGGGGUUCAUUUUUUCAUAACACUACUUAAGGACUCUACGGGCUCUUGGAUACCCCAUAAGGGAAAAGGAGCAGUAUUUUCUUAUAACACUUGGAAACAGCAUCAUUUUUAUUAAAGCAACCAAUGAAGGUGGAAGCCAACAUGUUUUGCUUUAAGAAAUGUUUUCUACUCACUGUAUAUACACACAGACAAACAAACACACUUUCUUUCUCUUUAAAAAGAGGCCAUGGCCUAAACUCGUCUCCAGAGGGCAACCCACGCUGGCAAACUGCAUUUUAUAAAGACAAAACAAGCCCUGAUUUUCUCCUCAGCCUCAGCCUCAAAAAUGAGAAACAGCCGGGGAAAGUGUCCUGUCCCUGGCAAUGUUGCCAGGAUGAUAUAUGUAUGUGAUCAGCCUUUUGGGGGGGAGGUUUAAAAAUGGAACGCCUUUGGUCCUGGGGGGAAUUUCUCCCUCUGUGUUAAGAGAUGCAGGAGACAAAUAGAUACUAAUUAGCUGUGGAGAGAGCCUUGUGGCUCCCUGACCUUUCGCUCUAAUCCAUUUGGAGCGGAGCACCCUAUUGAAAUAUGCUUGUGCCCAGGCAGGGCAGUCAGUGUAGCUCGGGCUGCUGCAAGAUGCCUCUUCUUCUGGAGACCUUUACAGAUCCAUAAGUGUUUGUUUCCCUUUCCCCUCUUCCCCCGAUAACAGUUUGCAACAGUCCUUUUGCAUCUUUCCUUUUGUUAUUUAAGGCUUCUGCCCUCCCAGCCCACUUUCCAGGCUAUCGGUGUCCUGCUGCAUUCCUUCGUCUCCCCUGCUGCCGCUCCUCGGAAGUGCUAUAUAUGCUGGUAUCCAAUUCGGCUUUGGUGCACGGAUGGAAGACAAAUGAAAGGACUAAAGAUAAACCAGAAGAAAAAGGUGCAAAAGGGAAGCAUGCACCUAGCAGCAAAGGAAUCGAGGCAGAAGGCAAGUACUCCUUGAAAGGAAACAGAAGGGAGAAAAAGUUGGAUGGCGGUGAUGGAGCAUGUGAAAAGGUGAACGUGGCUGGUCCAGUCCGUUCCAAAGUUGACGGCAGUCCACGUACCGAACAGCAGGCGGCCCAGUUGGAAACCAAAGAAGCUCAGGGACAGGCAGGUGACCCCAAAGGUUGCCCAAAGCAAAAGGACGCUGCUGGAGUCAGUGCCGUGCUCCAGAACAAUGGCCUCUCCUGCGUAAGCAGUGGCGAUCCAGCUGGAUACCAGAACACAAACAAAGCCUCUGGCCUGGAAGAUCCUCUUAAGAAGCAUGUCAAUCCAAAAGCAAAGGAAAAUGAAAACGAGGUUUCCCAGCUCGGUGAUCCUUCUGUGAAAACUGUGUCAUCUGCCUCUAAGCCUGGUGGUGAAGUUAUACGGACAAGGCUUUCGAUCAACAUGGAAAUGAGCGAUGCUCAAGACCAAGCAUUGAAGGGGAAAGAAGCUGGUGUUGGAAGCCAAGGAGGCAACAGCAAUGGAGCACCAGCAAUUUGCCCACCGCUAUCAAAAGGUGAAGGAACAAAAUGCUUGCCAGACUCUUGUAAAGCUAAGCAGCCCUCGAAGAACAGCAGGGCUGAGCCAGCCCAAGAACCAAGAGGGGCAAAGUCUUCGGAUAAGCAGUCUGAGCAGGCGCCCAAACUGAUGGGUCCUCCUCCUCCACCACCACUUAAGAAGACUGAAGGGAGAGCAGAGGUCAAAUGCAAAAUGGUUACAUGCCCAAAUUCAGUGGCAAGGGACUCUGGAAAAGAUCCAGGAGGCAAAGUGAAAACUCCCAAGGAAACGGCAAGGAUAACAAAAGACUCUGUGAAAGACGACAGAUUGGAGACUGUGGAAUCAGGUAGCUCACCUGCAGAAAGGGAAGAGAGAAGAAGACCCAGUCAGGUUGCCAUGAAACCAACUGAAGAUGCUGCGUCUGUAGGAGCCGGUAAAGUGGAGGAGGUCAUCAUUGAUGACAGCCCUCCGCCUCCCGCUCCUUUUGAACAUCGGAUCGUGAGCAUCAAGCAAACUGAGCUGACGGCAUGUUACUCUGUGUGCCAUCACGAAGUCUUGGGAGGGGGGCGUUUUGGUCAAGUUCACAAGUGCACCGAAAAGUCAACGGGACUCUGCCUGGCAGCCAAGAUCAUCAAAGUGAAAGUAGCAAAAGAAAGGGAGGAGGUGAAAAACGAGAUCAACAUCAUGAACCAGCUAAACCACGUGAAUUUGAUCCAGCUCUAUGAUGCUUUUGAGUGCAAGAACAACCUCACCUUAAUCAUGGAAUACGUUGAUGGUGGUGAACUGUUUGACCGGAUCACAGAUGAAAACUACAACCUCACUGAACUAGACGCUAUCCUUUUCACCAAACAAAUAUGUGAGGGCAUCUAUUACCUGCACCAACAGUACAUCCUUCAUCUGGAUCUGAAGCCUGAGAACAUACUGUGUGUGAAUCGCACAGGAAACCAGAUUAAAAUAAUUGAUUUUGGAUUAGCAAGGAGGUACAAGCCCCGUGAGAAGCUGAAAGUUAAUUUUGGCACGCCAGAGUUUUUGGCUCCCGAAGUGGUGAACUAUGACUUUGUGUCUUUCCCAACAGACAUGUGGAGCGUGGGAGUCAUAGCAUACAUGCUAGUGAGCGGCUUGUCGCCCUUCUUGGGAGAAACUGACACGGAGACCAUGAAUUACAUUGUCAAUUGCAGCUGGGAUUUUGAUGCGGAAGCGUUUGAACAAGUGUCGGAAGAAGCAAAAGACUUUGUUUCCAGGCUCCUGAUAAAGGAGAAAAGUGGCAGAACAAGUGCCUCAAAUUGCCUUAAACACGAAUGGCUGACAGACCUGCCUGGCAAAGCCAAGAAAUCCAAGGUGCGCUUGAGGUCUCAGCUGCUACUACGGCGUUACAUGGCUCAAAGGAAAUGGAAAAAGCAUUUCUACGUGGUGGCCGCUGCCAACAGGCUGAGGAGGUUCCCGAGCAUGACUGAGAAUCCUGUAUAACCUGUUGUAGAAGACCGAAAAUGGAAGGACUCUGGUUUUUAGCCACUGGCCCACCCUCACCCGUUUGGGCAAUUAGGAUGCAUUUCUUCCUCUCCUAUUAUCCCAUAGCCACAAGCGUGCUGAAGUUUCUGCCUUUGAGCCCUAAUAGGAUAGGAUGGGACUUGCUAUACAAGGAGGAAAUGGGUUCUGUUGUGGAGGGGGGACGGUGACCACGAGUCUUGCCUCACAAUACCUUCAUUUCUCCAAUUCUAUCUUAGUGCUUAGCAGUGACCCUAUCUGAGUGGGGCUGGUUUCCUUUGAGAGUAGUUUGAGAACUGUGAGGAGCAUGCUAGAACAAAGCAACACACCGCGUCCUCGCUUACAGCUGAUUUCAGCCUGUUUGCUUUCAAGUUAGUACAUUGGGUGGGUGCGACGAAACAAAUUGUGUACCUUCCCAAACAUUUGUUUCCCAUCACACUUUUGCUUCCUCUGCUGCUGCUUGACCCCAUUUGCCGCCUUCCGCUUUGUCGCCACUGCUGGUUGCAAUAAAUAAUUAUAUUAAUCCAGGAUGGAGGGUAGAGAUGCUUCAGGCUUGCGGGAUUUCCUUUCUAUUUUACAAUAAUACUGGGGUCCCUCCACCUGAGCCAGGUGUAAAAACAGUGGCUAUGAGGGCAGCACCACUUACCUUAAGCAUCUCACGAGCCUCACAGUGAGACAACUUACAUAGACAAGUGUGAACGUUCAUCAAAGUUCCUGCAGAUCAAGAAGUUGAUCUCCAAAUUCUUAAAAUCAGCCAGCAGACACUCAAAAGGCAACCAAGGAACACUUCUCUUUUGGUGAGGACGAGUUGUGCAAUUGAAAAACCCAACCAGCUAUCACAGCAAAUUAAUUCUUUUUCUUUACGUUUACUUAGUUGGAAAUUCUUGCAGGUACGACCCUAUUGCAAAUCAGUAAUUACAAAUUACACCCUGAUGACACACCUGUUUAUGCCCCAAUUGCCUGUGGUGAUCCACACAAAGGUUUGCUGUGAUCCAUAACAUCAGUUAUUACCGACUUAUUACCAGACACCCGGGGAGGGAGGUGCAGUCUCACCUUGUGAGAAAGGCAGGAUCUAUUAGGGAUCAACCUUUUGGGGCCUGUUUGCAAACUGGAGAAACUGUCAUUCAACAUGCUAAACCACUACACUACCAACUGGCUAUUCUCAGUGGGGCGGGUUUUCUGUUUUUUACACCUCCUUCAGCAGCCUCAGACAUGCAUAUUUUAAACUUCCAUGUAGGGGAUUCAUCAAUGACGAGU